CCUGUACUGUUUACUGUUCUAUGUUCUAUGUUCAACACAGACAGUUGCCCGAGGGUGCAAUUGAACCUGAGUCCCUGGCUUCUCUAAAUUUUUUAUGCUGUGCUUUUUCUCACUUGGUUUUGGCCCUGUAGUGAGAUUUUAUGGAUAGGCCAGAAAAACAUUUGAAAAUACAGCUAAUUCAAGCUGAUAUAUUGGGGGUUAGAAAGGGAGGUUGUUUAAAAGACAAAAAAGUAGCUCAGAAUCUGUUAUGGCGUACUAGCUUAGAGAAAAAGUUAUUUGUCUAUGCCGAUGAAAAUUUACCGUUGUGAGGACAGCUUUAAAUGUUGCAUGGUGAUAAGGUUGGACUUGUGACAAUUCUGACGGCUACUAUUCUGCACUUAAUAAUAUAACAACAUAAAGAAAAGCAGGUGUCAGCCAGUCAGCUGUUUGAGUGCAAGAUAAAACAAAGAACUGUGGAUGCUGGGCAUCUGAAACAAGUAAAAAUAGAAAUUGCUGGAGAAACUCAGCAUGUGUGGAGAGAAAAGCAGAACAGUUCUGAAGAAGGGUCACCAAAAUCCAAAUAUUAACUCUGGUUUUUCUCUCCACAGAGCUGUUGUUGAAUGCUGCUCAACCUCCUACAAGAGUAUUGAGUGUAGAUGCUGUUCUUUUUUCAGUGUGCAAUUUUAGAUGUAAAAGUCCAUGAGUAUUUUCUGCAUUUCAUAAGCGAGUUGGUUAGAAAUAAUAUAAGUCGUCAGAGUUUCUAGUUUCCUGCAGUUCAUUUCAUUUCGCAGGUCUUAGAGGACUUAUACGCUGGUCGGCAAGAACUGAAACUGGUAACAUGCAGGGGUUGUUGAAGCUGAGCCAGCUAAAGCCAUGCAGUUCAGCACAGCCAGGAAGGGAGAAUGGUUUGGCUGCGCUACUGUUUGACUGCUGAGUGAUUGUGACAGCUAGAGCACAGGCCUCCCUGCCCGCAUUGGUCUGGACUGUCAGCUUACUUGUUUUGCCAGUGUUUAAAAUUAAAAGUUUUUAGAAUGGUGCUCACCUUCUGUUUCCUAAUGAUCAUGUCUUUUGAAUUUCAGUUCAAAAAUAACAAACAGGCAAAUUAUUCAAACAGCUUCGAUCGCCUACUUAAAGAGAAGCAGCAGUCUGAGGGUCUGGGGGAAACACUCAAGGACCUGAAGAAAAAAUUGCAAGAGGAACUUAUUGAGGUGCCGGACCUCCACUCUCUGUCUGAGGAAGAUGAAGAACAGGUAACGGAUGAAGACAUGGAUCAAAUUGCGGAGGAGCAAAGGGCCUUCUUAAUCAGGUUCUCUGUAAAAUCUGAUGGAAUACCAGACGUACACCCUGGGGAAAAAAUUUUCAAUGUGUUACAUGCUGGAAAACACUUUAAUCAACACAACCUCAGGUUGACACAGAGUGAAUUGACACCUCAAAAUUUUCUGGAAAGGACUCUGAUCAGGUGA